ACAUUUUAGUCAGCUGAAAAAUGCAUUUAUGACUUUGUAUUAAAAUUAAUACAAACAAAUAAAUUCUUCGUCUAUUAUUUACAAGUAUUCAUAUUAAAUAUUAUCAUUGCAAAGAACUAAACAUAUACCAUUUGGAUGUGAAUACGUUUAGUUUCUCCCGCGUCUCAUUGUGUUGUUGUUUUGUUUAUUUAAUUUGAAUAAAACUAUCAAAUAAUGUUUGGGAGGCCCCGAUGCAGAGAGUGGACUCCUCUUGCGACUCAACAACUUCGUUUACGGAGUCUCAUACAGAUUGUCGGUUACAACAUCAGACCACCUGAGUGGUCCUUGAACCAGUGCAGUUUCUACUUGACCCUGCAUCACACCACCAUGUCCGCACCAUUCUACACGAGUGAGAAAAUAUCCUCGCCACAUCCUAAAUGGAAGGAGAUUGAUUCAGAGAUAACACAUCGUAUGGCGUCCACUAACAUAGUUAUUCGGAUAUGGUGUCAUCAGUCUCACACAUCCAAGGUUAAUAGCGAAAAACCACAAGACACUAUCAUACAAACGUGGGGGGUAUAUUUCAGUGGCCUAAGAUAUUUAGGGGCCAACUUAACUUUAAAUUUUACAUCCGAUUGUUUCAAAAGUAACACUUUAGUAUUUCAAAUGCACGGUGGAUAUUUCUGUUCAUAUAAAAGUCUCAAAUUAGACGUUAUACCGCCUGAGAACGAGUUAGAACAAGGGUCCCUAUCUUCAGACUCUUCUGGCAGGACGAAUCUGUCAAAGAUAACGUUAGAACCGAAAUUUAUACAGAAUCAUAAGGUAGUAAAAGAGACAAGGUCUGUGUCUCCUAGUAUAUUUUCAAGGAAGCACGAAAAAGAAUAUUCUAAAAGUAACAGUCCAGUUGAGAAGGGUUUCAAGCAGAAUUUUUUAAAAUUAAAAUCUUCUGCCAGUUUAAAUAUAAGUCAAAGAGAAUCUUACACAGAGAGAGAGUGUGAUUUUGAUAGAGACAGUGAUGAAAGGAUAAAGGAUGAUCCUAAUUAUAUAUAUGAACAUUCACCGGACAGUAUGGAUGUAAAGGAGUUUACGACGAGCGGUUUAAACUGUUUUGGUAUAUCCAAAACGUCAUCGCAAGAAGAUUUAUCAGGCAGCAAGAUCGAUUUGAGCGAGAUUGCUGAAAACUAUGAUCUAAGGAAUGAAACGGUCGGCGUACCAAAGUACAGGUAUCUGGCGAUAAAUUUCUUAAAAUCCGAAAUAAGGCCGAGUUACAAUGCUACGAAACUACAAAAGUUGCAUUUACUUCAGUAUUCUAUAAAGAAGAGACAAGAGGCUGUGCAAGAAGUAAAAGAGAGGAUAUAUAGUAAAUCCGCUGUAACAAACGACAGUUGGCCGAAAUUUGAUGAGUUUGAUGUGAAAACCAAGCUAAAAAGUAGAUCUCUAAGAAAUUUGUUCUCUCCCGAUGAAGAUGACGUAGAAAACGGACAGUAUUCCUCACAUAGUGAUAUAAGUUUAAAAAAUGGUAGAAUAAAAGAAGAGAAGCCGGUAAGGCCCAAUGGGCCACGUCUCGCUUUAAAAUUGAAUGAUCUCCUUUCAUUUAAGGCAAAACCUUCACCCUUCCAAAGGGCGGAACACGUGAGACUCACAAAACAAUUAGAAAUAUUAAGGUUCAAGCGGAUUAUACUCUCCGAUGAAAGAGAUAGCAAGCUAGCUAAUAUAAGAAGACUGAAAGAGAGACAUGCUAAACUUUUAGAAGAAAAUCAAGAUAUUGGUUUGGAACUAAUGCAGAAUUAUCACACGCUGUCUCGAUGGAACGAGUCGAUGAAAGAAACCCGUCAAUCCUGCGCAGCCAUGCGGGACCUGGCGGCUAGGUCGCAUGCUGCAUUACUCAGUCAGAGGCAUCAGCUUUUACUCCAGUUGCAUCAGAUAUUCUAUAUACAGCAAAAAGACACCUCUGUCUGGACGAUAUGUGGCGUUCGACUUCCCAUUUGCGGUGACGAAAACCCCAGUCGGGCAUCGAACCCAGUAAGCGACUCAGUAGCAGCCGGAUUCGUCGCUCAAGCAACGUGCCUCGCUGCAUCCUUCCUGAAUCAGCCUCUUCGGUACAAGAUCACCUUGCUGGGAUCUGCAAGCAAGAUUUUAGACAUUACCCCAGAAUUACCUAACCCUAACAACAUGUAUAGCUGCCUCCUUCCUGAAUCAGCCUCUUCAUUACAAGAUCACCUUACUGGAAUCUGCAAUAUACCCCUCUUCACUCGAGGUGGUGAUACCACACUGUUCCCUUACGCGAUGUUUCUUCUCAACAAAUGUAUUGCCCAACUGCUCUGGGGUCGAGGGCUACCCGUCCCCGACAUGCGACCGACUCUCAAGAACCUGGAGAGAUUGCUCACUACGCCUAACAAUCUGUCGGACACGUCAAAGUUGUUUGGCACGUACAAGUGGCGGGCGGACGGGCAGUGUCCGCGGACGCAAUCUCUACGGAGCUUGGUAGCUUCGGAUCGCGGGAAGUAUCGGCAAUUCAACAGGUUCAAGGAUGCAGUGGACGGACAGUCACCACACUCUGCUAUGAACCUCAAAAGACACCGGCAAUCUAGAAGUGUUGGCAGUUACAACGAUGAUCAAGAAAUGCCGGCUUUAGACGCAUCGACAACUUCAAUAAUGGGCAGCGAAUCCAAUAUAUACAACUUGAAAUUAAUAGAAAGCAAUUCUAGUGAAAAUCUUCCACCUUUGAAAAGCCAUAAUUCCGACUCUGAAAUACUGAGAUUACUUACUGAAGAUAGAAAUGAUGUGAACACUGAAAACAAAGUAAUUUUCACUUUAGGUGAUGACACAUCACUAGUUAAUAUAGAAAGUGAAAAGCUACUGCGAAUAUCAACGAACAACGACGACGAAAUAACCUGUUCGACGUGUUUAGACGAAAAUGUAAAAAGGAUAUGUUCCGAAAUAGAAAACUUUUGCUCCACAAACACAGAAGUGGAGAAACGGGAAACGAAAGAUCUACAUGAAGGUUUCGACGUUGUCAGACAUAUAGAAGCUAUGAACGAAGACAUUGCCAAGUAUAUAGAACAAAAGAGCAAUGAUGUAGAACCUAUUGAUGUGACAUGUGAAACUUGUGCGGAUAAAGACGUGUGUGAUAUAGCUUGUGCCAAAAAUGUCACAGAAGUGAUUGUGAUACCGAGCGCUGAAGCUAUUUUAGAUACAUUGAUGAAGUAAAUGAAACGAGUGAAAAUAAAACAGACAGUUAAUAAUAUUUGUAUGGUUAUGCUAAUUUAUCUAAAUUCAUACUUGAAGCUUAGCUGUUUGAUUUGUAUGCCAAUUGUAAAAUUUUAAAGUAUGUUUUUCUAUGUGUUAUGAUAUCGAGAUUGAUCUUUUUGAUUUUUAAUCAAUUUCGUCAAAGGACUUUUUGUUUGACUGUAUAUUAUGCGGUAUCUUAGCUAAUUCUGAACUCAUUGCAACGUUUAUCCUGUAUUGGUCAUAUACUAAUUUUAUCAAUAAAAGUUUUUUUUUUUUUUUUAAACCAAAUCUGCCCAAUAAAUUAUGUUUAAAUCUCAUUUGUAAUAAGAUUUGCAUUACAUAUAGGUGUAUUCAAAUUAAAAAUUCUCAGCCAUUAAUCUGUUGAUGUAAUGAUACAAAAUUGUUUAUAUGUCUUUUAGGUCGUUUAUUUGUUUUGUAUUACAUUACAGAAAUAGGUGACUGCAGAAUUAUUUUAUGUUUGAACCUAAUAAAAAUGUAUUAGUUUUUAUUGUUUUAUAUUAAUUGUUUCUCUUGUAAUUAUUGUCUCGCAAAAAAGCGCCUUCUUCAUAUUAUUUCUUAUAAAAGUAUUAAUUGCCAUCAAUAUUUUAUUUAAAUAUAAAAAAAAAAAACAAAACUCAUAUUCGUGAUAUUAAUAUUUUUUUAACUGGUAAUAUUUUCUCUAAAUAAAAGCAAUAAAACCUACAUUUACUGAUACAACGAUUAUUAUAAAAAUAUAGAAAAUAGUAAACAUAUUUUAAUGAAAAAAUACAUUUAUUCGGUUUGAUUUUUUAAAUAAUUAAACAUAGCAUUUGUAACUGGACUAAAAAUAGAAUUAGACGAUGUAAAUUUUAAUCAAAUAAAUAUAAUUUAUCGUGUUAAUUUUUAAAACACAUUUCGGGUGGCAUAUACAAUAAUACGCUUAAGCUAGUAAGUAAUUUUAUAUGUAAUAUAUACCUUACAUUUAUGAAUUACUUGUAAAUCUGCAAAAGAAAUAUUGAAUCAAACUAAAAUAUCAGAUUUGGUACAAUCAGGCUAGUCCGUGACUUUAAUCGUAAGUUACCCCACAAGGUAUGCCUUACUGAGAUAAUUUCUAUGCACUAAUCCAGGAUAACAGCCUAUCUGUUCAUCAAAUUUCAUACAAAUAUUUAUAUCUCUAUAUACAUAAGAUAUAGAUUAACAUGCUCUUACUUUUUAAUUCUUCAUAAACAUUUACAAUUCUGUUACAUAUAAAAUUAAACGUUUAAUUUUUGGAAAGGGACAAAAAAAUAUAAUCCAUCUGUUAAGUGGUCGUAACAUUAAUAAUGCUACUCUAAAAAAUCUAACUCAAAUUUCACUAGUAUAUUAUACUAGAGUCCAAUUUACAUUUUACAUUCAUUAGUAAAUUUGUAAAUAAAUAUAUAAUAAAAACUUUAAUCGUCCCUCUUAAAAUAUUACCAAAGGCUAAUUGCAUCUGCCAACCCGCCUGCUAAACGUUGCAACUACUGGUAAAACUCCCCUUUUGGGGAAGGCCUAUGUUCAGCAGUGGACAGUUAUUAGCUGAUAUGAUAUGAAGAUGAUCUGUAAUAAGUAUGAUCGAUGUAAACACUAUUAGCAUGCUUUUGAUAUUCAAAAGUCAUUUUACUUGCAAUUUCAAAAGGUUUGAUGAAAUGUGAAUUUAAGUGAAGUAAAGUAGGUUGAAAUAAACCCGAAAUCAUUACAGAAUAGCAUAGCAAUGUCUCAUAUAUACGUAUUUCAGAACCUUAAUUUUUCAUAUUCGUUUCUAAUUGAACUAUUAUGAUAUUGGACAAUAUUAAAAUGAGCAUACAUUCAAUAUUUACUUUACUGAUUGCUGACCAUCAAAUAUCAUAUAACAUAUAACAUCAAUCAUUGUAAACCUAUUGGUAAAUUGAUAAAUUAUAGCAAUUAAAUAUGCAAAGUCUCUUCAUUUAAGAGUUUCCUCUUGUCGGUGCAACUAAUUAAUGCAUUCUCUCCCAGCCAAUUCUAUCCCAGGCCAUAUCUUUGACUUCCCUAUACGACAUGACACCUAGAAUAUGUAAUAUAAAUUAAAAAAUUGUCUAAUUUGUUGGCUAGAUUGUUUUUGUUCUAAGGAUCACUACACCAACACAUUUCGCAUCUGUGAUGGAAUAUAGUGGCCUUUUAAAGCUGCCACUCAGUUAUUUUACUGUUAGUUUAUAGAAAAUAUUAUUUUAAUUGCACCUAUUGAGAUUUUAUCCACAACCCUUAGAUUGUAAUGGUAUUUAAUACAACAAAUCAACAUCAUAGAAGGUAUAAGAUCACAUUUUUUACGUUUCUGUUUUUUUUAUUUAUUCAAUAUGUUCUCUUUAAUAAUAUUUUAUGUAUUAUUAUUGAGUAUUUGAGUGAGAUAAUAAUGUUUGUUUAUUUACUUUACAUAUUGUUCUUGUUAUUUUGUAUUAAAUUCAUCUGUCUAUACACAUAUGUUUUAUAAUUUAUCACUGAUUUGCCUUGUUACGUGUAUUGAUUAAUAUUUAUUGAGUGCAUUAUUUAAAAAAUGUAUUAAAGAUUUUACAUAAGCAUUUGACAAUGUAGCAAUUCCCUUGCAUAUGACUUUAGUAUAUAAUAAUUGUUUAUAAAACAAACCGUAAUCACUAUGAUGUUUAAUCUCUAAUUAAAAUUUGAUGAAAACGUAUUUUUCACUCAGCUUUAUUUUAAUUGUUAUUAAUUACUAAUGGAGUCCCUCAGGGCGCGAUUAUAAGACCACAAAAUGUAUUUGUAAAUUCGAUAAAAAUUGUUAAAUUAACAUUUUGGCAUAUACCUGCCAAUGUAUUUAAUGUAAAUUGUUAUUUGUAGUCGGAACAUUUUAUGUUGCAUAAAACUCGUAAUAAUCCGUUGUUAAGUAUAUAAAUAAAUAAAAUAAAAUAUUUAUUUAAUACCCUUGAAGAA